AUGGAGCCAAUUAAUGCUGCAGAUGAAAUGUCUGUGAAGAAAAGCAUUCUGAACAGCUCGAUAGAAGAUAGAAGAUUGUUUAGAUCAAGAAUUCAGCGAUUCAAGGCAACUCACAGACUGUAUAUAGUGCUAAUGGGAUCCCUAGCUGUUCUGCAGUUCAUAGCUAUUGCCUUUUUCGCAAGAGGGUUCCUUUUAUCGAGAAGUGUUUUAGAGGACAUUUCUAAACCAGUUGAAGAUGUGCAAUAUGGUAAGUUUGAAAAAUGUGUCAUCUUGGUAGUCGAUGCUCUCAGAUUUGACUUUACUAUUCCUGUGGAUCCUUCUUCCAAAUCAUACAAUCCCAACUAUCACAACAAUAUGCCAGUUUUGUUUGAUUCGAAAGAUGAACAUUCUAUUCUUCUCAAGUUCAUUUCAGAUCCACCUACGACUACUUUGCAAAGGCUUAAAGGCUUGACGACAGGAUCUCUUCCCACUUUCAUUGAUGCAGGCUCCAACUUCAAUGGUGAAGUCAUUGAAGAAGACAAUAUGAUAAAGCAAAUGUAUCUACAAAACAAGACAGUUUUUUUUGCUGGCGAUGAUACGUGGGAUAAGUUAUUUCAGCCCUUUCUAUCCCCCAUGAGUGUUCCCUAUGAAUCUCUUAAUGUUUGGGAUCUGGAUACUGUUGAUAACGGUGUCGUAAAUUUCUUCGAAGAACAUUUAAUAAACUCAGCCCAAAGCAGUCGCGAAUGGGAUGUUUUAAUAGGUCAUAUGUUGGGGGUUGACCAUGUUGGCCACAAGUACGGACCUAAUCAUUUUACUAUGAAAGAAAAACAACUUCAAGUGAAUGCAUUCAUAGAAGAUAUAGUAAAUGCUAUUGAUGAUGACACUCUACUUGUGGUAUUUGGAGACCAUGGAAUGGAUCAUACUGGUAAUCAUGGUGGUGACGCCAAAGAUGAACUGGAAGCGGCCCUGUGGCUAUAUUCGAAGAGACCAAAAACAUGGAAUACUCUACCGUCAAAUUUUUAUUCAGUAGACAAUCUAGGUGUGGAUUACAGAGAGGUCAAUCAGAUAGAUCUCGUACCCUCUUUGUCACUUUUGUUAGGGUUGCCAAUACCUUUUAAUAACUUAGGCUGGCCCAUUCAAGAAAUAUCAGGAACAGUAGAAGAAUUAAUGCAGUACAAUAACUUAACUUUACAACAGCUAGAUCUCUACAGACGCGUAAGUGGAGUAAUAACGAAUCCUGAUAAAAAUCACAAUUUAGAUGACUUGUGGGUAAAAGCAUUGAGGAGCACAGCAGAGGGCCCUAACUUCCAAAAAUUGUUUUUAGAAUCAUGCAAAGAUUUAUGGGCGAGAUUCGACUAUUGGAGUAUCGCCACAGGCAUUACGCUUUUGUCAAUUUCUCUUCUGCUUUUAUUAUCCAUUACGAAAUUGAUUCCCUCCAUUGUUGUUGGUCAAAUGGUAUCUGAAUUUGUCCCUUCCAUUAUAGUCAUGUCAUUAAUUUCAAAUGUAUGUUUCAACGGUAUAUUCCACGUUCUACAUCAACCGGAAUUUUUGGAAAACUGGGUAUGGUGUAGUCUGCUGGCAACAGCAGUUGGCAUAAUCGUGGGCUGCUGCAUACCCAUAUUUGAUCGCUACAAUUUAGCUUGGAUUGCAAUUAAGUUUGCUGAGGACUUAUCUGAUUAUUGGUCUCGGAUUGCAGCCCUAUUCAUAACUCUACAUGCGCUGCUGUUCACGUCAAACUCAUUCACAAUCUGGGAAGACAAAAUUGUUAGUAUGCUUCUUACAUCGCUUGGUAUGUUAACACUUUAUGAGUUCGUUUUCCUACCGAAGAGACAAUCAACAACCGCAUUAAUGACCGCGGCUAUGGGUCAAAAACAAGGUACCCUAUCUGGAUCGCCUGCAUUCUCGGCCGGUUCGGAUUCUGCACCUUUGGGAAGGUUCGCACGCUUAGUUGGUGGCUAUCAUUCUAUUGUUUUGAUUGUUUGUACUAGACUGGCGUCAAUGAUAACGAUCUGUCGUGAAGAACAAGGUGAUAGCUGUACGCCCACUUUCACCACGGCAAACAAUAAUUCAGUGUGGUGUCUCGUUUUGUGCUUUUUAUUGAUUGGAUUCAUCCCAUCUUGCAUUAAAGGCUACUAUAACGUGUGCUCUUCGUAUCAGGCUGCUGCACCAAUAUGGAUUGGGCAGUUUUUAAAAUUCGUCCUACUCAUAAACUUCGUGUUUUGGACUUUAACGGCUCUAGAAAAUACCAUGCCAGAUUUAAAUUGGGAUCUCAAGAUUCUUAAACUUACCAUAUCGAGAAUAAUAGUGGGUAUUUCUCUCAUUGCUGCUAACGUGGGAUGGAUGAUGGGUCCGCUAUGCGUCAAGUUAAAUAUUCAGAACAACGAUAUGAAAUCUCAGCAAGCCACCAUUUUAGGUUACACAAACGUAUAUGGUGCACAAUACUUCCUGCUUGUGAUAAAUUUCUUCAUGUGCAUUAUGCUGUUCAGCAAGCCACUAGCUCAAGUAUCUCUAUUCUUAAUGUGCAACCAGUUGCUAUCAAUAUUAGAAAUAUUUGAUCUUCUCAAAUUGAAGGAUAAUCUCAUAGGGCCAGUUAGCAUGGGUCUACUUGCCUAUCAGCAAUUUUUCUCUACAGGUCAUCAGGCAACGAUUCCCUCAGUUCAGUGGGAUGUUGGGUUCAUUCUGACAGAAAAAAUCACAUUCCCUUUCACUCAUCUGGGAAUUGUAAUGAAUACCUUUGGUCCCCACAUUAUUGUUGCAUUAUCGAUUGCUUUGUUAACUUUGUGGAAGCAACCUCCGGGUGUCUUAAAGCCACAGACUCUACUUACUCGAAUUGUGUCCAAUUGUGGAAUGCUUCUGAUCUACAACACAGUCUUAUGCCUCAGUACCUUCGUUUGGGUUACACACUUCCGCAGACACUUGAUGGUAUGGAAAAUUUUUUGUCCAAGAUUCAUCUUCGCAAGUUUGUGUUUGAUCGUGACGCAAUUAGUGAUUACGGUUAUAACGAUUGCAUCAUCUAGCGGACGGUUAAUAAGGCAGAUCAAUGAUAUUUUCUGGAAAUAG